AUGCCGACCUACCUCGUCCACGGCUUCCGCUGGAACCGUUACGCAAUCCGCAUCCACAUCAUACAAAACGACCUUGAAGACGCAGCAUCCGAAUGGAUCGUCGCACCCGCAACCUCCGUCGAACUCCUCAAUUCCUUUUACUCACUCUACGACUUCCUCCCACCUAGCAGUCCCCCAACCGGCACAUAUCCUCCUGUAGAAUCACCCAAAAGCGACGAACCCAUUCCUACAACCCCGCGAUUCCUCUCCAGACCUCACACCCGCUCACACUCCUCCCUCUCCUUCCGAUCAGCAAAAGCCAUAGACCACGUUCGAAAACUCUCACAAUCAAGCAGCGGAAGUAACAACAACAAAAUCCCACAAUCCCCCCCACGCUCCCGCUCCUCGACCUCCAACUCGACAACCUCACUCAGUCUCUCCACCUCCACCCUGCACCGAAAAACAGAAGUCCCCUUUAACACAUGGUCCUCCGUAAAACUGCUCGAAGAAUACAACCCCUCCGAUCUAUCCUUCAAUUCCGCUCCACAUGCCUACGUCGGCGACUACAUGGUGCGCAUCGAUCUCGGAGUGAGCAUCGCAGAAGAGGUGAAUAAAUACGAAGCCAUGAGGCGCGCGGAGGCGAUCCGCGUCAAUGGGGAUACGGGCCUGAGUCCGAGAGAAGUGAGGAAGAAAAGUAGACAGCUUGGGUGGAUUGAGAACUUGAGGGAUGGGUUGCAGCAGGGAGGGGAGCUUGGAUGGUUCGUUGUGGUUUGUGGGGAUGAGGAGAGGAGUUUUGAGAGUGAGAGGGAGGAGAGUAUUAGUGAGGAGAGUGAAGAGGAGAUGGUUGUUCCCACGACUAGAUCGAGUGGUUUCAAGAGCUUCUUUGGAAGGAAGUCUUCGAGGAAGAAUGGGGCGCUGGUUGAUGGGUAUUGA